AUGCCCUCCUCCCUCGCCGACUACCUCGCUAAAAACUACCUCACGGCUGACCCUGUACCCGAACGCCCCAAGAAAAAGCGAAAGAAGACCAAACAAUCCACCGAAGAAAGCACCGGCCUCAUCAUCGCCGACGACGACCCCCCGGAUCUACGAAACACUAAAACGGGGGUCGAUGACGAUGAAGACAGGCCUGCGAUGGUAACGGGGACGCGGAGCGCGGAGUUUCGACGCGCAAAGAACUCUGCUUGGAAGACUAUCGGUGGACCAACAGCUGGUAAAGAUGAAGCAGAUGCGAUUCUGGCGUCUGCGGCGGCAGAACGGGAUGCGGCAAGGAAGGAGGCCGGGGGUGAUGAGGAUGAGCCUAUGAUUGAGGGGCAGAUGGCAGAGCAGGAUGAGGGGAUGAAGAUGGAGUCUGGGGCAAGGGCGGGAUUACAGACUGCCGAGCAGACGGCUGCGAUGGUCGCGGAGCAGGAACGACGAAAGAAACUCGAGGCUGCGAAAUACAAGGAGAGGCCGCAGGAAGCUGAAGAAACUAUCUACCGUGAUGCGUCGGGACGAAUUAUCAACGUUGCUAUGAAGCGUGCGGAAGCACGACGUGCGGAACAGGAGAAACGCGAGAAGGAGGAACAAGCUAAGGAGGAUCUUAUGGGUGAUGUUCAGCGCCAGGAGCGCCAGGAGCGCAAACAGCAACUACAAGAAGUGCGGGCGAUGCCGGUGGCGCGGACGGUGGAGGAUGAGUCGCUGAAUGAGGAGCUCAAGGGAAGACAGCGAUGGGAUGAUCCGGCGGCGGCGUUCUUGACGAAUACUGGAGGUGGUGGGGCGAGUACUACGGGGAAGCCUUUGUAUAAGGGGAGCUUCCAGCCGAAUCGGUAUGGGAUUCGGCCGGGACAUCGGUGGGAUGGGGUUGAUCGGGGGAAUGGGUUUGAAAAGGAGUGGUUUGCGUCGAGGAAUAAAAAGGGGAGGAUUGAGUCUUUGGAGUACCAGUGGCAGAUGGAUGAAUAG